ACCAGCCCAUUCAGGGUACAUAAACAAACCCCUAAAUGCUCAUUCCCACUGUCCUGAUAUUUCCUGCCUGUGUUUCCAUAGCGCAGAAAUGGCUCUGCAGGGCGUCGCACGUGGACUGUCCAACGGCAACAAUUCCACCUUUUCUGAAAUCAUUGAGCUCAACGUUGGAGGUCAGGUUUACGUCACUCGGCAUAGAACUUUAAUAGCUGUGCCGGACUCUCUUCUUUGGACUAUGUUCAGCCAGAAAGCCCCCCAAGAUCUGCCCCGGGACAGCAAGGGACGCUACUUCCUGGACAGGGACGGCUUUCUGUUCCGAUACAUCUUGGACUACCUGCGGGACCUCACCCUCGUCCUGCCCGAUUACUUUCCGGAAAAAUGCAGGCUGCAAAGAGAAGCCGAUUUCUUCCAGCUCCGCGAAUUAUCCAAGCUCCUGGCCCCGAAAAUGAGCAAGGACAACUCGAUCAGCGAGGAUAUCUGUCCCAGUGACCCCGAGGAGGCUGCGCUCCAGUGCGCGGUGGGGGGCUCCGGCGCGUCCCCGGCGGCGAUCCAUGCGCGCUCCCCAUCAUCGGAGUCCAGAAAGUCCGGUUACAUAACGAUCGGAUACCGGGGGUCCUAUACCAUCGGCAGAGAUAUACAGAGCGAUGCGAAAUUCCGUAGGGUUGCACGGAUUACUGUGUGUGGAAAGACAUCUCUUGCCAAAGAGGUUUUCGGGGAUACUUUGAAUGAGAGCAGAGACCCGGACAGACCCCCGGAGAGGUACACGUCGCGCUAUUACCUGAAGUUUAAUUUCCUGGAGCAGGCGUUUGAUAGACUGACCGAGGUCGGCUUCCACAUGGUGGCCUGCAGCUCCACGGGCACCUGCGCCUAUGCGAGCAACGACCCGACCGAGGACAAGAUCUGGACCAGCUACACGGAGUACGUCUUCUGUCGAGAUUAACCCUCGAAAUGAUGAAUAAAUCGAGAAUUGCAACUUUGCUGUUGAGCAAGAAAUCGACAGUGAAAUAUAAUCUACAUGUUUUGUAAAUAGAUACAAUUUUGGAUUAGCAGCAGUAAUACUGCCGUCAAAUUAGUAUAUUUGUUUUAUAUUAACGCCAUAUUCUUCAUUUAAUUCGGCCUCCUGUGUAUUUAAAUAUAUUGCAUUUUUUUCUUUCGAAGUAGGCCUAUAGGAUGUGUAAUAUUUAAAAUGUCAAGUGCUAUAUAUAAAUAUAGACCAUACCGAAUGUUAUUUGUUUAUUCACACUACAGACGUGGAGUCAUCUGUUUGAUUUGCAUCAGACUUAAAUGCAGCUGUGUGUUUUGUUUGGAAGACUGUCGCCUUUUAUUUCCACGAAAAAUUGCAGGCCGUAGAUAUGUAUCAUACAUGCAUACGUCAGCCCUGCCACUAGUUGCUGGUAUAUGUAGCAGAUGAUUAUAUAUCAUUGUUAUAUUUCUAAAACAUCGUUAAAUGUUUUUUUUUUUUUGCAGUGGAAAUGAUGAGAUCUAGGAGAGAACUUGUACUGUUAACUGAGUUAGCACAUCGGCAUUACAGAACCUUAGCAUAGAUACACUAAAUAUCUGUUAUCAGUUUUCAGGUAAUAUUUGUGCGUGAUUUUGCACCACAGCAAAACAAACUGAUAUGUGUUAGUUCAAUAACUGAAUCUGUCCAGUAAUUUCCCACGGUAACAUACUCAAGUUAACCACAUAAAACGCAGCACACAAAAAAUGUUUUAGGGUUGUAUGUAGCGUAUUUUUUAAUAUAGAAAUAUUUUAUGACUUACCAGAUUUUAAAACUUUAUAAAUCUUUGCAUUUAACAUUUGUUGUAUUGAAGAAGUGUGCAUUUGUUUACUGUUGUAUUCCUUAACCUGUUAAAACAAAUAAAUGUAUUCCUCUUUAUGUCAUUA